AUGUCUAAUUUGAAUGAAUCUACAUCUAAAUUAUCUCAGAGACUGAUGGAACAAUUUGCACCAGUGAGGACAUUUUUAAUAGUGACACCAUGUGUUCUUUUCCUUUAUGUCAAUGGGGUUAUGAUCUUCACUUUAAGAAAAAAGACUGUUUUCCAGCAGACAUCUCGCUAUAUUCUGUUCGGUCAGAUGCUUUGGGUCGAUACUCUCAAUCUCUUUAUGAGUGUGGUGAUGUAUGUAUGUGCAGCUAGUGGGAUUUUAAUUAUGAAGAAUGUUUGUCUUCUUAUUCUCAUUUCUGCAACAUAUCUCUAUCAGGUCUCAACUUUAAAUCUGGCAUUAAUGUCACUGGAGAGAUACGUGGCCAUCUGUUUUCCUCUCAGACAUGCAGAAAUCACCAGUUUUGAAAGAACUCGCAUGGCAAUGGGUGUUGUUUGUAUCUUAGGUAUGAUUCAGCCUCUUUCUGAGACUAUUAUUUUUUAUUGCAUUGAUACUACAAACAUUGCAAUGAAUUUGUUCUGUUCAAGAACUACUCUUUUUAGGCUGCAGAUCUACAAUAAACUCGAUAUAGCUUUCACAUGUAUUUUAUUUGUGUUAGUAUCUGUGGUUAUUAUCUUUACUUAUGCUUCUAUAGCAGCUGUGGCUAAAACAGCUGCUUGUGAUAAACUGUCAGCCAAAAAAGCCAAUAAGACUGUUCUUCUGCAUCUAAUACAGCUGGGUCUUGGUGCAAUAUCCAUUUUAUUUGGAGUUGUCCAAGAAGUCAUUUAUGUUAAUGCUGACUUUGUGACUGCAAUGAAUGUAAUGUAUGUAGGCUUUAUAGUGUUUUUGAUUUUCCCCAAAUGUCUAAGUCCUCUUAUAUAUGGAAUGAGAGACCAGACUUUCAGCUGUUUAUUUGUAUAUUACUUUACAUUUGGUAAAGGUGGUACAGUUAAACCAGCUAUCACAGAGCAACAUGCUUAG